UUAUUUUCCCCUUUUGCCCUCCAUUGGUCAAAGACGUAGCCCCCAAAUUGUCUUCUCCCAAAUCUCCGGUUCCGGCCGAUCGAACGAAUCUCGCCACCAUGGCCGCCUCCCACCUACCCACGCUCCUCCUCCUCGUCCUCGCCGCCGUCGCGCCGUUACCCUCCAGCGCGCGCCACAUCAUCACCUUCGCCCCGGCCCGCGGCGUCGGCCCCGCGUCCCUCGCAUGGGACCCCACGGCGCAGCACUUCGUCGUCGCCGGCGGCGGCGACGCCAUCCUCUCCGUCUCCGACGCCGGGGUCACUGAGUCGAUCAUCUCCUCCGGCGCCUCAGCCGUCGCCGUCGACGACCGCCGCCGCCGCCUACUCGUGGCGUCCCCGGGGUCCGUCUCCGCCUUCGACCUCCGCUCCCCGCGCCCGCACCGCCUCAUCCUCUCCACCCCGGUUCCGGACACCGCCCCGCCGGGCGGCAUCGCCGUGGACCCGCACACGGGUAGCGCCUUCCUCACCGUGGGCGCCCGAAUCUACAAGCUGUCCCUCAACGGCGACCUCGCCCCGCUCUCCUCCGCGCCGGCGCUCGGGUCCGAGCCCCUGGCCUCGCUCACCGCGCACGUGAGCCGCGGGUUCCUGCUCGUGGGCCAGCCCAGCACGGGCAGCCUCCUCCGCGUCGACAUGGAGGACGGCGCCACGAGGACCGUGUCGGGCGUCCUCACGCCCCCCACGCCGGUCGCCGUUGCGGUCCGGACCGACGGGGCGGUCGCGGUGGGCGGGGCCGCGGGGCUGCGCCUCAUCGUGAGCAACGACGGGUGGGCGUCGUGCGGGGUGCGGGACGAGGCGCUGCCCGCGCCCGACGGCCCCGUGGCCGCGGUGGCCGUGCGGGAGCGGCGGCGGGUGUACGCGCUGGUGGAGGCGGGGACCACGGUCGGGGGGAAGGAGUGGCGGAUCGAGGAGGCGGCGUGGAAAUCGGAGUCGGAAGGGGAGAUGGUGGUGGGGCUCGUCUUCGUUGGCGUCGCCUUAGCCAUCUUCAUGUUCUGGAGGUUCCAGAUGCGCCAGCUCGCCAGCAACAUGAACAAGAAGAUCAGAUAGUAACAAUGCAAAGCCUCCUUGCUUUGUUUUUGAAGAAUCUGUAAUCAUUUGCUUUUGUUAUGCAUUAGUUGGUAGAUUGGUCCAGGUAGAUACUUGUGAGUUAGGCACUUCACUUAUCUGUGAUCUUUCUUGGUUAGUUCUUGGUCUAAGUUGAGACAAAAUUCAGGAGCACCAAUGCGAAUUGUACUUGCAAAUUUACGCAUUGUGAUAGAAAAAGCCGCACCACAGUUUUGUUAUGAUGGUGAAAGUAACUUAAUGCAAUAAAUUGAUAUUGGUUUGAUAA